AUGCAUAGGGCUGGGGCAGGCUGUUAUGUUACUGGCCUACAUUUUCAUUCUCUCUUCUCAUAUUCCCAGCUGUCAGGCCUUGGCAAGAGUCACCCAGAGGCACUGCACAUUCUUUCAGAAAGCAUCUUACAUUUCCAUCUAGGAUCUCAAAGCACAGAUGAGCAGCACCAAGGCAAUGGAGAUCAAAAGAGAAGGAGGAAAGUUAUAGAUUUAGUUGAACUAGUCUUUUAUACAGAAUUUUUCCUGGUCAAUAAGAAUUACCAACAAAUAAAAGGAACCAGCCUGUUCAUCUUUUGCCCCACAUGA